UACAGAACAAGUUAGAGGUUAGAUUUGUGGUCGUGGUGCUGUAAAUAAGAAAUGCAAAAAUGAAUUAUUCAUGUAAAUGAAAUUUCUAAAGCUGAGUUUAAGAUUUUUUAGUAAUGAUUUCCAAUCUGCCAUUAUGAGAUAUUUAAAUGUAGCAGAAAAGAAUGAUGCAGCUAAAAAUAUUGCUGCUAUUUUAUCUAGAGGGGCAUCAACCCGGCGAGAAGGUUUAUCACAAUAUAACAAGAUAUAUGAAUUUGACACACAAGUCUUUGGAGAGCAAGCGAGAAUGGUUAUGACUUCUGUUUCUGGUCAUUUAUUGAACUAUGAAUUUUCUGCUGCUUAUAAAAACUGGCAAAGUUGCAAUCCAGUAACAUUGUUUGAUGCACCUGUUAUCAAGACAUGUCCACCCGAUUUUCAAAAUAUUAAAAGAACUCUUGAAAGAGAAAUAGUAUAUUGCCAAGGCUUAAUCAUAUGGACAGAUUGUGAUAGAGAAGGAGAAAAUAUUGGUUUUGAAAUUAUUAAAGUAUGUACAGAUAUUAAACCGAAUAUUAGAAUUUACCGUGCAAAAUUUUCUGAAAUAACAGCAGCAUCUGUAUUUCAUGCCCUAAAUACUUUAGGACAGCCUAAUAAAAAUGUUAGUGAUGCUGUUGAUGUCAGGCAAGAAUUGGACUUAAGAACAGGAGCUGCAUUUACCCGCCUUCAAACAUUACGUCUACAGAGAGUAUUCCCACAGAAAUUAGCUGAAAAGCUGAUAAGUUAUGGUUCGUGCCAAUUUCCAACAUUAGGUUUUGUGGUCGAAAGGUAUCAAGCUAUAGAAAAUUUUAUUUCAGAAGCAUUUUGGAGGAUAAAAAUGAAUCACACAGUUAAGGAUACUACAACAGAUUUUUCAUGGAAAAGAGUUAGGUUAUUUGACAAAAACUCUUGUGAAGCUAUCUUAGACCAUUGUAGAGAAAACCCACAAGCAACGGUAGAAAGUGUUGAGAGUAAGGAAAAGAGCAAAUGGAGACCACUUCCUCUGGAUACAGUUGAAAUGGAGAAAAUUGUUUCAAGAAAGUUAAGAAUCAAUGCCAAAGAUGCCAUGAAAAUAGCAGAGAAACUCUAUACUCAGGGUUAUAUUAGUUACCCUAGGACUGAAACAAAUAUUUUUCCAAAAGAAUUGAAUUUGACCCCCCUAGUCGAACAACAAAUGGAAGAUGCUAGAUGGGGUCCAUUUGCUCGCAGAAUAAUGAAUGAAGGUGGACCAAAUCCUCGACAAGGAAAAAAAUCUGAUAAGGCGCAUCCUCCUAUACAUCCUACAAAAUAUGCAGCCAAUUUAACUGGCAACGAACAGAAAAUAUAUGAAUACAUUGUACGACAUUUUUUAGCAUGUGUACAAAAAGACGCUAAAGGAUUUGAAACUACUGUUAACGUUGACAUUGCAGGUGAAAAAUUUACUGCUAAAGGCUUAAUAAUUCUAGAAAAAAAUUAUUUAGAUGUGUAUGUAUAUGAAGGAUGGAAUACCAAGGAGAUUAGUAAUUACCACCAAGGAGACACAUUUAUGCCUACUGUAUUAGAUAUUAUUGAUUCUUCUACAACUCCUCCAAAAUUGUUAACUGAAGCUGAUUUAAUUGCCUUGAUGGAAAAACAUGGUAUUGGAACAGAUGCUACUCAUGCAGAACACAUUGAUAAAAUUAAAUCUAGAGAUUAUGUAGGUUUACAUGAAAACAUGUAUUUUGUUCCUGGUACACUUGGCAUGGGUUUAGUUGAAGGAUAUAACAAUAUAGGAUUAGAAGUAUCUUUGGCAAAACCAGUUCUUCGAGCUGAAUUUGAAAAUGACUUAAAAUUAAUAUGUGAUGGUUUGAAAAAUCCGGAAGAAGUUCGUGUGGAACAAAUUACGAAAUACAGAGCUGUCUUUCAAACAGUUCUUGAUAAAAUGCGCCUUAUUGAUGACAGCUUAGCAAAUAGAUUGGACGAUAGGCCUCAAGCAGUAAAUAACGAUUUCGGUGGUAACCAAAAUGAUCACAGACCUGUUUUGAAAUGUCCAAAAUGUGGAAAUGACAUGGUUGUAAGGAACAGAAAGAAUGGUCUGGGAAAGUAUUUAACAUGUAUUAAUUUUCCAAAUUGUAAAAAUUCAGUCUGGUUUCCAAUGUCUGUGGAAAAUAUAGAAAUAUUAAAUGAACAUUGUGGAGUUUGUGGUCCAAAUGUUAAACAGUUGAAGUUAAAAUUUAAACAGAAUCCAUUUCCCGGAGAACCAAACCCUAAUGUUUUAUGCAUAGGCGGUUGUGAUUUGAACGUUCUAGAAACAUUAAAUAUAAAUCCUUCAUCAGUGAGACGAACAACUACUUUAAAUGAUGGAAUCAAUGAAAAUGCUUCGAGUCGGAAUAAUUUAAGAAACUAUGCAAAUGCACACAGAAAUAAUGAACAGAAUAAUGGAGUCAGUAGAUUUAACAAUAUAGAUAAUUCUAUAACACAUACUCAUCAUAAUUUUUCUAAUAGAGAUAAACAUCAAAAUAGAAAUAAUACAGAGGUACCUGGAAAUUAUUUGAACAUUAAAACCAAUAAAACUCCUGUAAAUCUCAUGCCAGGGCCUUCAAGAACAAAUGCAAACAAUAGCAUAGUAGGUUCCACUGGUCAAGAGGAUGACAUCGUUUGUUCAUGUAAUAAUAAAGCCUUGUUGCUUACUGUACGUAAAGAUGGAUCCAAUAAAGGAAGACAGUUUUAUAAAUGUGCCAGUGAUACUUGUAAAUUUUUCUUGUGGGCUGUUGAUGAUGGAACAAGUAGUAAUGUUCGCCACGAUGAUCAGCAGACUAAUAGAAUUCAUUGUAACUGCCACCAACCAGCAGUGUUGAGAACUGUGUCAAAAGCUGGUCCUAAUACAGGUCGACAGUUUUAUAGCUGCCCAAAACCAUUAGGUGACUCGUGCAAUUUUUUUAAAUGGGCAGAUGAGACCAAUGAAAAUACUGGAGGUGAAGGAGAUGAUGACUGGGGAGGAGGUGGUAACAUUACAAGAAGAAAUUGGAAUGGAAAUAAUUCAAAUUGGAGAGGCAAAUCUAAUAAAGGAAAACAAAAACCUGCUUCCAAUAAAGUGACUCCUUACACUGGUCAAACAAGGGCAAAAAGAAAAUGUGGAAUAUGUGGACAGGAAG